AUGAAAAAAACUCUCGAAUGCGGCCAGGAAGUCAGAACGGACUUCGCACUGGCACCUGGUUACAGAAACUUGAACCAUGGCUCAUACGGGACUUACCCUAUUCCCGUCCGCACAACAUUUCGCAACUUCCAAGAACUUACCGAAGCUCGGCCGGACGCGUUCGUGCGAUAUGAGUAUCGUACACACCUGUUAAAUGAGUGUCGCGGGGCAGUCGAGGACUACCUUCACGCGCCCAAGGAUACUUGUGUCUUUGUGCCGAACGCAACCACCGGCGUUGAGACUGUUUUGCGGAACAUACAGUACGAUGAAGGCGACGUGGUUAUCGGCUUCGCCACGUUGUAUGAGGCGUUUGCCAACACGCUCAGAUAUCUCACUCAGACGACCCCGCUCAGAGUGCACAUGAUCGAGUAUACAUUGCCCGUCUCUAAUGCGUUUCUUUGUGAUGCGCUGGAAAUGGCCAUAAAAACCAUCAGAGCGGGAGGCUUGAGGCCAAGGCUGCUCCUGUUCGACACCAUCAAUACGCUCCCAGGAGUUCGUAUGCCAUUUGAGCGGCUUACCAAGCUCUGCAAAAUGUACGACAUUUGGUCCUGUAUCGAUGGGGCGCACGGAAUCGGUCAUAUACCGCUGGACCUCCAAGAUCUGGACCCUGACUUCUUCGUCACAAAUUGCCACAAGUGGCUUUACACGCCACGAGGGAGCGGUAUCCUAUACGUACCUGUCCGCAACCAACAUCUUCUACGAUCUACAUUGCCAACAAGCUUCGGGUUUGGGGACAAUUUCGUAGCCAACUUCGCCAGCUGCGGCACUCUGGACGACACGCCAUAUCUUUGUGUGCCGGAUGCGCUUGGCUGGCGGGCCUCACUGACCUGGCAAGGGCAGACAGGAGAGGUUGCUAUCACUUCAUACAUGUUUCACCUUGCGAGAAGUGGCGGCGAAGCUGUGGCGAGAAUCUUGGGGACUGAGGUUCUGGAAAACGAAGAUGGAACUCUGGGCGACUGCGCUCUUACUAAUGUUCGCCUGCCUAUUGGAGCUUUAUUUCAUGAGACUGAAGGCUCCAAAGUCCCCGAGGAUAUUGGAGAAUGGAUUAUGCGGACCAUGAUACUUGAACGUCGCACUGCCGUUAACGUUUUCCUUUACGCAGAUGCAUGGUGGGCCCGGCUCAGCGCUCCAGUGUAUGCCACGUUAGAGGAUUUUGAGGUUGCUGGACGACAUUUGCGAGAACUAUGCGAAAGCAUUGAUAAGUAG